CAGGUCGAAGUCCAGCGAUCGCUGCAAGGCAGCUGCAGCCCGCAGUGCAUGACGUACUGGUCCGCCAAAUUCCAUCCCGCGUAACCUGCGAGGGCCGAGGAGCGGCUGGCAUUGGCUGUGAUUCGCCAGACACAUGUAACUAAUUUGACCCCAGUCGCGUUUUCUCGAGCCCAAGCGUCUGUCAGUCGCGCAGACUCGCGCUGGACGCCAAAGUCCAUCUAUCUUCCGCAAAGCUCUUGUUGUCCAUCUUCAGGGUCCAAUUGACAGGUUCUUCCCCGCGUUGCAGUUCGAUCUCAGGGUCCUUGAACCCAGCAAUCGCGCCCCAACGAUCGCCCACCUGCACAUCCGUCCAACAUGUGGCCCUUCUCAAGCUCCCCACCAGACGCUCCAAAGCCUAUCACGGCCCCGGCGACCGAGCAGCAAGUCCAGCUGCUCCCAGCAACAGGCCAAGCCCUGCCCCCCACACAAUCACAAUACAGCACGCCACCACCCACACAUGCACAGUCGACAGAAGCACCGCACGAUCCGGACUUCUACGCCGCACACCCACACCUCGCACCGCCCUCGCUCAGCACACCUCGCUCCACCCCCGAGCCCUCAAACGGCGAGCCCGAAUUCGACCCUACCCUGCCGCGCAGCAUGUCGUGCCGCGCCGCCUUCGACAGCGCGUUCUACUGCUCCUCGCUCGGUGGGCACUUCAAUGACAUAUACCGACACGGACAACUACGCAGCUGUUCGGAUCACUGGAGUGAUUUUUGGUUCUGCAUGAGGACGAAGAAUAGCUACUCGGGCCCGGAGAUCAAGGAGAGGCUGAUUCAGGAGCGGUAUGCCGAGAAGGAGAAGGCGCUCAAGGAGCGGCCAAAUAGUGAGGAUGUGUGGACGAGGAGAGGGGAGAGUGAGAGGGUCGAGAAGCCCUUUGCGCUGGCGGGGAAGGAUUGAGAGGGCUGGAUACGUGUAAAUCAAUCUGGGAAGGACGCAUGGUAGGCAUGAGAAUGGUGUAUGAUAUGUACGGGUGAAGGGUUGUCGUCAUUGCCCUAUGAUGCAAGAUAGAUGAUCAAGCGUAAAAAGGCACGCAGUGCGCGGUGAUACUGGCAAAUCGCUUUUCCCUUGGCGACUUCAGGGUGUGUAUGCUAAGUGGUGGAGAAGGCACAAGCACCUUGUUAGUUA